GCAAUCGAAAAGUCACCGACUGACUUGAACCGAAGUCGGGUUUGGGAUUUGGAAGUAAGAGAACGAAGUUACGAUAAAUAAUCUCAAAUAUUCAGUAAAAUCCUCCAUGAUAUUAUAGUAGAACUAAUUAUUUUAAAUUUUUGGUGUUAUUUUUUGUUAGAAUAUAACAAUAUUUUUGUAGAUUUCUUUGUUUUGUGACAAAAAUAGUUUAGUCGUAUCAAGUCGCUAAAGGACGUUUGCUGGGCGUAAAAAGAAAAUGGCGUGUGCAACUCUGAAAAGAAAUUUAGAUUGGGAGGCGCAGAUGCCUGCCAAGAGGCGUAGAUGUGCUCCAUUUGCUGCAAGCUCGAGUACAAGUCCUGGUAUUAAAGUUGAACCCAGAAGUUCUUUAUUUGGGGAGACCGUUAGUGCACCUGUAAAAUUAACUCCAGAGCGCAUGGCGCAGGAGAUCUGCGACGAGAUCAAGCGGCUGCAGCGGCGCCGGCAGCUGCGCGUGGCGACCGGCGCGUCGUGCUCGUCGUCGAGCGGCAGCGAGGGCGACGCGUCGCCGCCGCACCGCGACCACGCGCAGCGCGCGCACCACCGCGCCUUGUUCACUUUCAAACAGGUGCGUUUGAUCUGCGAGCGCAUGCUCCGCGAGCAGGAGGCGGCUCUCCGCGCGGAGUACGAGUCGGCGCUCAGCAACAAGCUCGCCGAGCAGUACGAGGCCUUCGUGCGCUUCAACAUUGACCAGGUGCAGCGCCGGCCGCCGCCCGCCACGUGCAUGCCGCUCGGGAUGGACGCCGAGCACCACAUGCACCAGGACCUCGUGCCUAGCUAUCUCUCCUAAUAAAAACAAAGGGUCGCACGUGGCGCGGAUCUGCAGAUAUAUCAAGACAAACAUAUUUUGGUAUAUGUGAAUAUUAUAUGCGGGAUUAUCCUAAUGAUACAAGACAUUGAUUGUGAUUGCGAGCGGAACUUACCUGUGAUCACAACACUAGCCAUUAAUAUACAGUAUUAAAAUAUAAACUUACUCCCAUUUCGUUUCUACAAAACUCCCAUUUUGUUCUGACCUUAUCCCAGCUAAGUUCCGCUGCUAACUUCAUGCCACAUAAACAUAAAUUAGCUUAUAAUGCUUUAGGUAAGAUUUGCUGCAUAAUUGUGUUCAUAGACUGACGAACUCGAUGUGGAUAUUUGGAUUGUUUAAAACAGGGGUAGACGGAGAUUUCUUUUAUUAAUAACGCGAAAAUAGACUUAGUACACAAAAUUCACACAGAGUGCCUAAUAAAUUCAUCUUCCUCAUACACUGAAAUUUAAUUAGUUAGCCAUAAUUUUGAUUUGUAUAAUUACUUUUAAUUUACUCUUUAGUGUUGUCGAAAUAUAGUUGUAGUUAUAAAUUAUAAUGUCUUUUUUUUUUUAAUCAAGCAUGUGAUUGUAUUUUUUACCAUCACACCCUGUCGGGUGUCAAAUGCAUUCGAAUUAUUAAAAGUUCUAAAAUAAUGCGUUAUUUUAACUUUUCCUUGAUACAAAGGCUUUUAGAUUACUUGAAUUUAGCUUUAUUUAUAUAAGUUAUUUCUCGAUAAUGUAAUUUACGUGACGAUGCUGGUAAGAAACGCACUACAAAGUAACAUUAUUGGGGUUCUUUUAUAUUAUUGUUUAGUUAGUAACAUUUUAUUGAAUACGAGCAGGAUUUAAUUUGUUACCACGCAUAUUCAAUAAAAAAUUAGGAUAGGUCUUUUUUAAAUUGUAUUAUCCGCUCAUUAUUAGUAGGUUAUUGGCGUUUAAGAACUGAAAAAUAAACUAGCUAAACACCAAUAAA